UAAUGGUGAACAUGAUUUUCGAUUGAUUCCGUUUCAUGGUGAUACCAGUAAUGGAUCACCAUCAUCUAAUAUCUUUUCUACACUUUUUGAUUUUAUUUCUGUCCUAAUAAUCAUUACCGCGUGGAUCCGCUAUAAACAGGUGAAAACAUGCCUGAAAGAAUUGAACAUUCUUCAUAACAAUCAUAUUCAUAAUGAACGUUUAAGGAAUUUUAAUUUCUUUUCCUUAUCAUUAGCAUUAAUGGUAGCAACUGGAGGCUGUUUAAUGGGAAAUUUUUCAUUCAAUGAAAAUACUCUCACAUUCUAUGUUCAUACAAUUGGUGGUUUUCUAUUUUUUCAUGCUCUACUUUGGUAUAUGUUAAUACAAACCUAUCUUGCAUGGAUAUUGAAUCAAGAUCCUCAUUCAAAAGAAUCUGUACCAAUAUCGAUGAUAAUAACGACCGGAAUUGGCUUCGCUAGCAUCAUUUUAUUUUCAAUAUUUUCAAUAAUCGUUUCGUUGAUAAGUACAAAUAUCGAUACUAUUCAAAAUAUACACGAACGUUAUUAUCAAUCAGCGAAUGAUAAACACUACUAUUGGUAUAAUCAAAUAUCGGCCAUUAGUGAAUGGAUAUAUCUUCAUUCAUUGAUACCAUUCUAUUUAUGUUUAUGGCGACGUAUUGGCCAUUUUAAAAACGAUUGGAAUCAAAUAUCAUUUUGA